AUGUCGGCCUCAGAUCCUCCGUCAUAUUUCACGUCGGAUGAUGUGCCCCUAGACAUCUUGUCCAGCUAUGAUCAGCCCGCGGCAAGCCAGUCCGAACCCCCGGCUCGAGACCCUCUUGUGAACCCAGGCAAGGGACGUGUGCGCUGGGGGGAAACAUCUACCGAACCGCGAAGUACGCGGAUCCGUGUGCGAACGGACGGAAAUGGUCCCACUAUUACAAUUUCACAACCUGAAACCCCUACGGCUCCGCACGGUGCUGCUGUGGCUCCCAUGUCGCCUGUGCGUCAAGAACACACAGGUCUUCAGCGAGCGAAUCGCCCUGGUCAUAUUAAUCUCGACGAUUUGAAACCCAAGUUUGAGCCUAUGACGCAGCCCCAUGUAGUGUCCCAUGGUGAUGGCGAUAUUGGACAUACUGGUAUGCACCAGCUUGAAGACGAUGACAACAAUCGCUUGGCUGCAUUGGCACAUGAGCUGGAUGGCCUGGAUAGUGAAGCGGCGUCAGAACGACCGCCGCCUGGACAAGUCAUUAUUCGUGAUGAGGCUUUUCUCCCUGGAUUGGCGACUGCGCCCCGUAGUGAAGGCUCGCAAGAUCACGAGCCUUUGCAAGGUGGCACGCAUAGUGGUACAACGACGCCAGGUACUGAGUCUGACUAUGACCCUGCCGAGUACUUGGAAUAUGUGGACAUCAUCCCUGGUGAAACAGAUGGUAUGCCUUCAGUUCCACGAAAAUCACGGCGAAAGCGUGCCCAAGAAAGCACGUCCAGAGGCUGGAGUCGGUUGCGUGGAAUUAUCGGUGUGCCCAACAAAGACGAGAACAUCGAUGACCUGGCUGAAAAGGGAGCAUUGGGUGCUGAUGCUACCAACCAAAAGAGCGUUCCUGUCUUAACAUCUUCUGGUCUUCGUGGUACAGGCAGCCGCCAUCGUCCUUCUGCGUUGGAACGUAAAGCGGCGAAACUCGUGCGGGCUCAUAAGCUUCUUAAUGGUCUUCCUACGUCGGAUGAAGAAAUUGAAAAGCUCGAUCAGAUCCCUUCGAUUAACCGUGAGCACCUGCCACCAUCCGAUGCUAGCACGCCCGAUGCGCUAGAGACUGCAGAGCAGCUGGACGCACGGCCUGUAGCAUCGAGUGGUGUCUUGGGCCAACUCUUGAAGCUGUAUGAUCAGGAGCGGGAAGGCGCCGACUCUGCAUCCCAUUCAGAGACGGCUCCUCUUGCGCCUCCCAGUGAGACGGAGCAGGCCACAUCCUUGGGUGGUGGUUUGAACUUGAUCGGUGAUCAAGUGGUGGAUGCGUAUGGUAAUCAGGCCGCUGUGAAAGACGUGCACCCUGAGGUCUUGGAGGCCGCCGUGGCGCGAAAGGGUAUGGGAACACCAACUCAUGGGCCUGUCAGCCCACGCCGCUCGUCUCUGUAUUCCGGCUCAGGCCUCAUCAACCUGGCCAACCACAAUAUUGCGACAGUGGGCAACGUAAGUCAAACGGUGAUGAAGCAUGUGGCGAAUGAUGUCGGUAUUGAUGUGAUGGAUGAGCGACCCAAAGCGGCUCGGUCUGCCGCUGGCACUAUUGGUGCCCUCGUAGCUACGACCGGCAAUCUGAUCGGUGCUGUAUCGCCAUUGCAUGCACAGCUCGGCCCCAAUCCACGCAGGCCUGGGUAUACGUUGGAUCGGUACUUGCUGCCGGAGAUAAAUGAAAAGACGCUCCGUCGAACGGCAAAGAUUGUCGCAGAGGCGGCGCCUGUGCCCAAGCGCCUGCGUGAGGCGCGAACACCUGGUGGCAGCUUGAUGACGCCGACGUAUCUGUCUACAGUGACCCCUGGUGACAGCAGCUACAACCCCUACUUUGGAGAAGCGAAGUCAAUUACAGGGCAAUCUACAGGCUCUUCGAAGCGUUCAGCAGAUAUACUUACUCAAUCCGGCUCGGCCCUGGGCUCGGCCGGCCGCAACCUUCUCCAUAAGCAAAAGCCAUCUAUCUCUGUAUCGGAGGAUGGGAUGGAGUACAUUGACGGGAAAAGCGCGGUGGAAGUGGCUAAGAAGGAAUGGCAAAAGAAGCUACGUAAACGCAAGGCAAAGACAAAGAAGCAGGAAAUCUUUAUCACCAUGCAUGUGGCAGCCAUCCUAAAGCGCCAAGAGUUCCUUAUGAAGCUGUCUCGUGCCCUUAUGAUGUUUGGUGCCCCGACGCAUCGCAUAGAAUUGCAAAUUCAGCAAACUGCCAAUGUGCUGGAAGUCAAUUGCCGAUGCAUCUACUUUCCGAACUUGAUGAUUUUGUCGUUUGGUGACGACACCACACAUACGUCAGAAACCAAAAUCAUUAAGCAAGGCAGUGUAGUCGACUUGACCAAGUUGACGGAUAUGCAUACCAUUUAUUGGAAUGUCAUUCACGACAAGAUUGGUGUUGAGCAAGGAUCGAAGCAACUAGAUGCACUUAUGCGUCGCAAGCCUAUUAUGCGCAAAUGGCAUCAUGUAAUUGUGGGUGGCCUGGCCUCUGCCUUUAUUUGUGUGGGUCAAUGGGGCUUUAGUGGCUCGUUUUUAGAUGCUACUGCAGCUUUUGUGUUGGGCGCAUUCAUGAUCUUUUGCCAAGAAUCCGUGACAUCUGAAGUCUACUCCAAUGUAUUUGAGAUUGUCUUUGCCACAAUCAACUCUUUCAUUUCAAUGGCUUUGCAUCAGAUCGGAUCAGAAGUCAUUGAUGGUGAAAGAGUGUAUGGCCGUUACUUUUGUUACCAAGCUGUGGCUGCCGGGUCUAUUGUGCUGAUUCUUCCUGGUUUUAUUGUGUUAACAGGUGCUUUGGAGCUUCAGUCUAAGAACAUCGUGGCAGGCUCUGUGCGUCUUGUCUAUGCCAUCAUUUACUCAGUGUUGCUUGGUUUAGGUAUUAUGAUUGGCGCCUUACCCCUGAUCAAGGGCGACGAUGACCAGGGCCGUGCCCAGUGUGGUGCUAGAAAUCACGCACAACUGAUGCAUUGGUAUAACACAAUGCCAGGCGGUAAAGGAAAGGCUUCUUUUGCUUGGGCAUUUUUGACAGUGCCUGGUUAUGCCACCUUGCUUUCGUUGCGUAACCAAGCAAAAGUGACACGUAAAGAAUUCCCAACAAUGGUACUCAUUGCCAUAUCUGGAUGGCUUGUUAGCAACUUCGCUGUGAUUGCUGACAAUGUUACUACUGGCUCUAAUCCUGUCCCUUCUGUCCUGAGUCAGCACCCGUAUUUGUUCUCCGCCAUGGGCUCUUUUACUGUCGGUGCACUGGCCAACAUCUACGGACGCCUGUUUGAUGGUAGAAGCUUUGUGGUGGCUGUCCCUGGCAUUUUGUAUCAACUUCCAUCCGGUAUGACAGGUGGCACAGCGGCUUCCCCUACAUUCCUGUCUUUUGCUACUCUUGCAGCGAACAGCACUGGUGACAGCAAAACGAAAGAAGUCACGUCAGGCUUUCAAAUUGGUGCGCAACUCCUCAAUGUGUCACUGGGUAUUGCGAUUGGUUUGUUCGCCUCUACACUACUUAUGUACUUCCUGGGCGGCCGCAAAGUACGCGGCGGCGGUAUGUUCUCUUUCUAA